AUGGAGCGAGUGCAAGCGAAAGUGGUGCGGUCGGAUUCGGCCACGGCGGACUACAGGGAGGACAUCGUCAGGUCUAUAUUCGGAGAGGUCGGCAAGCCUGUGGAAGACUUCUCGUGCGCUGUGGAGAGCCGAAUCCUGCUCCACGGACGCAUGUACGUCACUAACACCUUCGUGUGCUUCUACAGCAACCUCUUCGGCUUCGAGAAGAUCAUCAAGAUUCCAUUCUGCCACAUGAGGUGCAUCACCAAGGAGAAGACGGCGCUCUUCAUUCCCAACGCCAUCGCCAUCAUCACCUCCAAGAAGGAGUACAUCUUCCGCUCCUUCUGGGACAGGGAGGACGCCUUCAAGACGCUCAAGCAGUGCCAGCAGGACGCCUCGAGUACCCUGACGCAGCAGCAGCAUCAGCAGCACGCCGCCGCCGCCGAGAGCUCGCUGAUGCUGGAGAGAGAGCUGGACUUGAGCAGCAGCAGGGAGAACGAGGACCCGGAACAGAGCCAGAACCAGAACCAGCGGCACCACGGGCGACGCACGAGCAGCAGCAGUCGCGUCGGAGACGAAGAUGACGACCAAGGCAAAGAUCUUGAACCUGGGCAGGGCGCACGGAGGAAGUUGACGUGGUCAGAGAAUGGCGAACGAGGCAGAUCGUCGUCCAGCCUAACAGUCGGGGAGCAACAGCAGAGCGCCGCGGAGGGGGUGGGUGGGAAGGAGGAGGCAGACGGAGGAGCCUUCGCUGUGGAGGGGAACGGCCGGGGCGGGAAGGGGGAGGGCGAGGACGAAGGCGACGCGGGGUUAACCGUAUCGGACGAGUACGAGUCGGAGGUGGACGUUCUCGGGGUGGAGGGCAGUCCCGUGACUGCUGUGUCCCUAGGCGCAACCACGGGGGGCGGGAAGAUGCCCUCCAAGGGAGAAGAUUUCAAGGUAGCUCUAACUGCGCUCGGGGAAGGGUGGCUUCUUGGCGACAGCGGCAACGCGGCGGGGGAGGGGAAUCAGGCCGAGCGACCAAAGGGCAAGGGUGCCGCCGUGAGGGUAUCUACGGAGAUCCCGUGCCAGUUGCAGGAUUUCUUCCAGCUGUUCAUCUCCAACGAUGCCGAGAAAGGGAUACCGGCUUUCCACCAGUCUAUGGGAGACUCGGACGUGAAAGCUACCCCGUGGAAGGUGGCCGGCGGGGCGCUGGGCAUGACGCGGGAGAUCCGCUUCGUGCACCCGAUCUCCGCUCCGAUCGGACCCAACAGCACAAGGGCGGUCAAGCUGCAGCGCUGUCGGCUGUACGAUGAGCACGGUCUUAUCCUAGAAACGUCGACGCACCUGGAAGACAUCGUGAUGAGCGACUACUUCCAGAUCGAUGACCGUUGCGUGGUGCAGCCCGGUCAAGACGGGGCAGUUCGUGUGGAUGUGGAAAUCGAGAUCAAGUUCUUCAAGAGCACCAUGUUUCGAAAGACGAUCGAGACGAAAAGCCUCAGCGAGACGCGGCAGGUGUGGGAGUCGUUCAUCGGCAUGACGAAGGAUGCCAUCCGAAAAAGAAAACCAGCGAUGCCUGUGCGCACCGUUACCAGCGGCGGCGACGAGUCCGAUGACGAGGACCGGAUCCGGGCCACCCGCGAGCGCCUUCGCGAGCGCCGGAAACACCGCCACCACCGCACCCGCCACCACCACCACCCGCCGCCCCACGCGCCGCACCCGCCGCCGCCCCCCGCCCAUCCGCACGACAAGCCUCCGGACGGAGUGGAAUCCCGACCCCGCGCGAAAUCUGCCACCGCCGCCGCGCCGACAAUGGCGGCGGUGCCGCCUCGGGCCCCGGCUCAGGACGCGGCCCCGCUGAGGAAACGAGGCUACAGCGGGGUAGGGUUCGACCGAAAGCGAGGUAGCAGCGGCGGUGCCCCCCCCGAGCGGAAGCGGGGGGACAGCGGUGCCGGAGGAGGAGGAGGAGGAGGAGGAGGAGGAGAAGGAGGAGGAGGAAGGAAGUUGGUCGCGGCUAUGGACACCGCUGAGUAUGUGGUCGUGCCCCCCGUCGAGUCCCUGAGUAACUGGCUCUUUUCGUUCGCGGCGGUGCCGUGGCUUUUGCUGGCCCUGGUGUUGGUGGCGGAGGUUAUCGCGUACUCGAGGUUUUCCAGCGAAACCGCGGGGUUCUUGGAGGCCGCGGAGGCGGCGUUGGUGGUGUUGGGGGGCUCGCGCGCGGAAGAUGGAGACGGGGGGGGGGGUGUCGUGGGGAACCGCACCGCGGCGUCGCGAACGGCAUUGACGGCAGAGCUGGCGCGCGGCUUGAUGCGCAUCUAUUGUCGGCAUCGUUUCUUGUGGCCCUUCAGCAGGUUCUGUUGAACGAGAAGCAGAGUGGGGCGGGGCAGUUGCAACGUGUCUUUUUGGGUUCUUUCUCUUCGUGCGGGUAGUGUUUGCCCCUGUGAUUUCGGUGGUAGCCCCCGUGAUUUGCGUGCAGGGGCGUUGGUGCCACCAGCCAAGGCUGCGUGCACCUCGCGACCCUUUGCUUUUGGGU